GGAUUUAACACAGCGCAACGGCACUCGCAUGCUCGCCAUUCGCCCAGCUGCUGUAUUUGGGAUGACUGACUGAGAGAGGGCUGGGUGAACACGUCCCAUCAUGCAGUGCGAGCCAAUUCUUCCUCACCCCCGCAGUGAGUAAGCGAGGAGACUCUCAUCCAAGGAUCGCACUAAUGGCGGCCGGCAAAUCCGUGCGCUGACAUCAAAUCCAUAACAGAGCGCCGCCUCUACAAAGACCCACUGAGACCUCUCAGGGAAGGGCGCUAGUAGUCUUGCGCACCAAGAACAGUUUCAGUCUUAGAAGAAGUACUGGGUGAAAUUGUCCAGUUACUUCAGCUGAGACUUUCCUAUUUAAAAAAUGGAUGAACACCCCGGCGGAGGAGGAGUAGGAAUGGCCACCCCAAGACAGCAGCAAGCACCGCAGCAGGGAAAUAACAACGUUAAUCCGCAAAUCGGUGGAGGGGGUGGUGCUUUAAUGGUCCAACAACAACAAGAUGAGAUGCCUCGGCCUCAGCAAUACACAAUCCCGGGGAUUUUACACUACAUUCAACACGAAUGGGCCCGUUUCGAAAUGGAAAGGGCUCAUUGGGAAGUGGAGAGGGCCGAGCUCCAGGCUCGAAUAGCAUUCCUCCAGGGGGAAAGGAAGGGUCAGGAAAAUCUAAAGAAUGACUUGGUCAGAAGAAUAAAGAUGUUAGAGUAUGCAUUAAAGCAAGAGAGAGCAAAAUACCAUAAAUUAAAAUAUGGUACUGAACUCAAUCAAGGUGAAGUGAAGAUGCCCAGCUUUGAAUCAGAUGCCAAAGACGCGGAGGUCCCCGCCGUUCCUCAGAACAGCCAGUUGACGUGGAAACAGGGCAGACAGCUCCUAAGACAGUAUCUCCAGGAGGUAGGCUACACGGACACGAUACUGGACGUGCGGUCACAGCGGGUGCGCUCCUUACUGGGCCUGUCGGGCUCGGAGCAGAACGGCUCGGUGGAGAGCAAGAACCUGGAGCAGAUCCUCAACGGCGGCGAGUCUCCCGCCAAGAGAAAGGGACAGGACAUGAAAAGGAAUCCUGGCGAUGUUCUAGAAACGUUUAACUUCUUAGAAAACGCUGAUGACAGCGAUGAAGAUGAGGACGAGGAAGGCGACAUGAUGGAGGACAUCUCAGACCGAGAGAAGCACAGAAUAAAGAAACACAAAAUCAAGGUGGGGAAUGAGGGUUUGGCGUCCGACUUGCCUGAUGACCCAGACACGGAGGAGGCGCUGAAGGAGUUUGACUUCCUGGUGAACGCUGAGGACGGGGAGGGGGCUGGGGAGGCCCGCAGCUCUGGAGACGGCACAGAAUGGGCUCACAGUGCCAAGAGGUUCCGUCUACGAGAACGUCACCCUUUGGAUUGUGCCCAGAUGUCGGAGCCACUGCCGUUCCCGUCGGGAGGGGGCAAGUCCUUCCUGCUGGGCUCCGAGGACGGCCUGGAGAGCGUGCUGGGCCUGGGGGACCUGGCAGACCUCACCGUGGCCAACGACGAGGCCGAAUACAGCUAUGAUCUGCCGACCAAUAAGGACGCUUUCAGAAAGACGUGGAACCCCAAGUACACGCUGCGGAGCCACUUUGACGGGGUGCGCGCUCUGGCCUUCCACCCCGUGGAGCCCGUGCUGGUCACUGUCUCCGAGGACCACACGCUCAAGCUGUGGAACCUGCAGAAGACGGUCCCCGCCAAAAAAAGUGCCUCUCUUGAUGUGGAGCCCAUCUACACAUUCAGAGCCCAUGUUGGGCCUGUGCUCUCAUUGGCUGUUAGCUCCAGUGGAGAGCAUUGUUUCAGCGGUGGCAUCGACUCCACCAUUCAAUGGUGGAACAUGCCCAGCUCCAACGUCGACCCAUACGACACUUACGACCCCAGUGUUCUGGCAGGCUCUCUGCUCGGGCACACAGACGCAGUCUGGGGCCUGGCCUACAGCGGCAUCAAGAACCGGCUGCUCUCCUGUUCCGCCGACGGAACCGUGCGGCUCUGGAACCCUAAGGAGAAGACUUCCUGCCUCACCACCUACAAUGUAGAGAAAGAGCACGGAAUCCCCACGGCAGUGGACUUCACAGGUUGUGACCCUGGCCACAUGGUGACGUCCUUCAACACGGGCAACGCUGUUGUCUACGACCUGGAGACGUCCCAGCCCAUCGUAGUAUUCCCCGCGCUAGGCGAGAGCACUCUGCCUGCUGGUAACCACAUUAACAAGGUGGUCAGCCACCCCACACUACCCGUCACGGUCACUGCCCACGAAGACCGGCACAUCAAGUUCUUUGACAACAAAUCGGGGAAACUCAUCCAUGCCAUGGUGGCUCACUUAGACGCUGUGACCUGCUUGGCAGUGGACCCCAAUGGCAUCUACCUGAUGUCAGGAAGCCAUGACAGCUCAGUGCGCCUGUGGAACUUGGACAGCAAGACGUGCGUGCAGGAGAUCACGGCCCAUCGGAAGAAGUCGGACGAGAGCAUAUACGACGUGGCCUUCCACCCAUCCAAGGCCUUCAUCGCCAGCGCUGGGGCAGACGCACUCGCCAAAGUCUUUGUGUAGAGCAGCCUCUACGUGGGCCAGAGACCUAGAACCCCCUCAUACACACACACACACACACGCACGCACACAGUACACAGACAGACUUAUGAAACGGACUGCUUCACUGCCUUGUGUAACGGUAGCAUCCCAGAACACUACAACGAAGUCUCCUGCUCCUGUUCCUGUAGCCCUGGCAGAGCUGAUGCUCGCGAGGACUUGCGGCUGAAGGGGGAGCCUCCUUUGCAGGGGCGACUGCAGCACCUACCCCAUCCCUAUCUCCAAACCCCUUCUCUCCAGUUUGAUCGGAAAUUCCCCAGACUGGCUAGGGAAACAGACAGACAGACAGACACACAGAAUAACUAAAGUAUUGUUUUAACUAUAAUUUACUGUAAGUUGCAGCUGGGGGGUGGAUUAAGAAAAAAAAAAUAAACAAUGCCAGCUUCUGUAGCCAUUGGAGUUUGUAUAAGCUGGGCAGAAAUCGGUUCUGUAGGGGAACCAUGGAGUGGUUCUUGAAUCAUGUGCUUCAGUAGGUCAUUUUUUUGGACCUUAGAACCCCCCCUCCCCUCCUCCGCCCUAGUCUGGGUGUGUAGUUCUCGGUCCCAGUCUGACUCGUCUCCCCUGCCACUCCUCUUGUAGCAUAAAAAAAGAAGAGAAUAGUCAUAAACCUCUGUUCAAUCAGCCUCAUACCUUAGCUAUUAGUUUCAUGACAUUUUGUGUAAAAAAUAUAUAUAUAUAUAUAUAUAGUUUUUAUAAUCCUUUUUAUAUAAAAAAAGACUGCCAUAAACAGCACUGAAAAUUUCAGUUUUUAAUUAAUUGGAGAGGAAGAGCGUUUGACCAUUCAGCCCCCUCCCUGCCCCACCACUUUAUCCUGUCCCUCGACUUCCUGUCUUUUGCCAGUGCAGGAAGGAUGGCACCCCCAGUCACUCGCUGACUGGAGAACGGAUGCUGGCCAGACUGGGGCCAGGUCUGCUCUGGUCUCAGGCCACUAUCUGGGUCAUGUCUCCCCCCCUGGCUCUUUCUGUUUCCCUGACCCUUACCCAACUCCCUAUCCCUACCAGUGACUAGGGUGAGAGUCACCCAACAGCUCCUAGCUUCUGGAAGAGCUCUUAAAAAAAAAAAAGAUUAUAAAGUUAACUGCAGCAUCCUAUCACUAUGUGAUAUUUUUGUACACCUUCUGUAUUAGAGUUAAUUUAUCACAGGGUUAGACAUCUUUGAGAAUUAAAAAAACGCUAUCCGUGUAUUUAUUUCAGUUUGGUUAGUCUUAUUCUUUAUUUCAUGAUGAAAGACUGCGGUCGAAGGGUGUCCUUGAGAACGGCCUCCUGCAAAGCAUCAGGAACAGCACUCGUAAAUAGAUGAUUAUAAAGAAAAUGGCGGUUUCUGCACAGUGGAAGAAGCCACUCCACGUUGUGACAGAUCAGUGCUUUGAAGCAUACGGAGGAACUUUUAUUUUUGGGGUAUUUCUGUUUUUCUUAAUUUUUUUUUGUUUGUUUCUUUUAAAUGGAAGGGAUUUGAAUAGCAAACAUCAAAGAUGAAUCAUGGUUAUAAACAUCUUUUGUUUGGUUAUACUUUUCCCUACUUUUAUCCUGUAAAACCAUUUUAUUUUCAAACAUGCUACAAUUUAUGGUGUAACUAAAGAUUUUUUGUUUGUUUGUGUAAUGCAUGAUUAAUACAAUAAAGUAUUUUUUCUAGUCUUCCAAAAGGAAAAAAAAAAGUUCUGAUCAGUUUGCGAGUUUUGAUGAGUUUUGUAAGGUUUUUGAUUUACAAACUAUGAAUCCGCAGAUUUUAAAGAUUGUACCACAUAGCAAAAUACCGCUGUUGAAAAGUAAUGUAUAUAAAAUGUCUAUAAUAAAUAUUAAAUGGUGUACCUGUACAUACA